CUAGAUCUGUGGAUGCACCAGUCAUCGAACCUUCUCAGGGACUUCCGGCACUCUCACAUCAGUUGGAUGGCUAUCAGGCCGCGAUACCAGCCUGGUGCGGCCGACAUCAGCGACCUGAGCAUAGACCAGUGGCAACCGGUGGACUUCACUGGGGUGGCUGAGAGGGCAAAUUCUUCUUCUCUUCGCUCAAUAUCUACGCGACCUACCGCCUCUACCCAGGGCUAUCACGACUUCCGCCUCCCGCUCCUGACGAACUUCCAUAAUGUGAUCAGGCAAUACCAACUUGACCUGAUGAAGCUGUCCACUUGCGCGCAGCUGAGCCUGCUGACUAUGGAGCUGAAGAGGCUGUGGGCGGCGCAGGAUGACCUCGGGUGUGCACCGGGCGUUCAGGAGCUUCUAGAAGCAGGUCGUUAA